CUUCAGCCUCGGACGUGCGCCAGAAGACCCGCGCCACCAGUUAUCAACCAAUAAGUCAAGUGGUACUGUAACAGAAGUAUUAUUAACAGACAGCACAGAGUGGCACAUUGUUUACAGAAAAUUCCUGAUAUGCCACAAUAAACAGUGUCACACUAACUUGGCAGUUAAAGAGAUACACAUCUGAACUAAAAGAAGGUUUACAGCGCCGAUAGAACAAGAAGCAGUGGGCAGCCCUCCACCAGCCAUCAACGCUGGUCACUUGAAAAGAACAUUCUGAAUUUUUACUGUAUCAACACUUGUCACAGUCCCGGUGUCCACGUAAUGUCACGUCUCGGUAAUUCGUCUGGAUGUCACCAGGAGUGAGUGUAGUGGACGUCAGGUGUCAGGCAAGCUGAACUUUGACCUGCCGGUACACACGUGUGAAACAACUACUCGUUUAGUUGUAUGAUGGCGUAGUUAAAGUAAACACGACAGUGCGUCCGACAGCGACCCUCACCUCGUACGGUACACCAGGGACAAAAAGAGUGAAUAUCUGUGUUAUAAAAGGGUAGGAUGAGUGGCGCGUCAGGUCGUGGAGGGGAGACCAGCAGGCUGGCUGUGGAGGGCCUAAUGUACUACACCGUGUGGCUGGUCUUGGUCUUGAUGUUCACUUCCGUCACUACAUACGCUGCACUUGCCCACAGUGAACACUCUGGUAACACAGAUAACAGAGAGAUUUACAGUAUGAUCCAUGACGCAGAUGUUGUACAUUAUGAAGUUGAAAAUCUUGAGAGUUUUACUGAAACACCUCCUCACGUUUGUGGUGAUAAUGGUGCCUCCCAUGUUCCCACAGAUGAUGCUGGUGAUGAUAAUGGUGGCAAGAACAAUGCUGGUAAUAAUUUUGGGGUUACAGGUGGAAGAAGCGAAGCUGUUAGAUCACAAAAUGGGGUUAAUGACAAUGAAAAUCAAGAAGAAAAUUCAGCACCGCGCGUGGACUUGGAUAAUUCUGCAGUCACUUGGCACUUGUGUUCCCUUUUCCGUGUCUCAGGUUGUCAUGAAGAUGACGAUAAGCCGCCGGUGACUGCCAGGAGCGGCGUGACAAAGACCUCUGAGUCUUACCAGGGUGACCAUCACAAAAUUAUCACCGAUCAAGAUAAAAGUGAAAUAAUCAGGACCUCCUUCCUGCCCCCCAGCGCCCGACAGCGACCACCGUCACCCUCACUACCGCCGGACCUGCACGUUGAUGCACGAGACAGACGCAGAAACUACUUGGAUGACUCACAAGACGGACCCAGAGUACAUAUAUCACAACAAACUCGAGUGAAGGCUCCACUUUAUGAAGAUCAACAACGGGUGGUGAGGUCAGCAGACAACAACAUAAGUUCAGCAGAGCCAGUAAGAAUCAGGCCCUCAAAUUGCAUCAUUGGGCCCUCCUGCUCGACACGCCCCACACCUUCACCGUACGAUGAAGCGUGGUACCCGUGUGAGUGUGACGACCAAUGCCACGUCUACGGUGAUUGUUGCCAUGACACCCGCACUCCCACACACCUAGCCACGCCCCCCACCAUCACGCCCACGUCCUUCGCCUGCAAGAACCUCUUCCCUGUCGCUCAACGUUCCUGGGUCCAAGAGAGGCUGGUGUAUAUGGUGGUGCGAUGCCCUGAGAGGACGUCGGGCCAUCUAGCAGCCAAGUGUGUGGGCACAUCUUCUCCCGACUACUUGUUGGAUAUUCCUGUCGUCUCCAACUCGUCAGGGAUUGUGUACAACAACAUCUUUUGCGCGGCAUGUCAUCACGACACUCCAGUUGAGAAGUUCAGUAUGAAAAUCCUCUGCUUAGAGCCCGAGACAUCCCUCGCUCAGUUGGCGAACAUGACUUACCACCCCGGUGAGCUCUGGUGGUCCUCCGAAAACAUAUUGCACGGUGAGAAAAAUGAUUCCCAAAGUCUUAAGUGGUGUGUAUUAGAUGUUGAUUACCCGGAUUCAGUUGGUCGCAGUUGUAAGAAUAUAGUAGACACGUGUGCUACAAAUUGGUCCGCGAAGGAAGUUUGGUGGCGAUGUUCGUCUUACAAUUACUACGUGAACGUAAAUAGUAAUAGGUACAAAAACUGGGACUGUGCUGUGUGUAAUGAAGAGUCAGAGGAGAAUAUACUGUGUUUAUUCCCGCUCUAUACAGUCAGUCUCCGUAACAAUAAUAAUGAUUUUGUUCCAUCUCUGACCGAGCUCUUUAUCGUUUAUGGUAACUGUGAUGACAACCAGGUAUGGGAUAUCAUGCAUCACCAGUGUCAAGAUGUCUUCUGCGGCUCUCUCUUCACCUUGGUGGACGGAGAGUGUGUGAGGAACAACGAGACCAUGACCGAUGAUGGCAGCUCCUACCUCAACACGUCAUGUUACACGAGAGAUUACAACCGCGAAUUUAGCGUCAUGUUCGCCAAUCUAAGUGUUUACUUAAAUCACACAGAGCGGAUGUAUAAUUUUGGUGAAUAUGAAAUAAACAACUCAUCGAUCAGAGUGUGUAGCCCAGCAGAGAGGUGGACUCCAGCUAUGAACGCUAUUUCAGCUGCUCUUGUCUGUAUCUCACUUUUUGGUAUGUUCUUACACAUGAUCAUCUUCGUGGCACUUCCUAAAAGACGUAACAUUCCCAGUAUGAAUCUCUUUUCCAUGACUGUUUCGUUGUUCAUCGCCGAAUUCAUAUUUGUUUCAUUUUUCAACAAGAAUCAAAACUACACCGCUUGCGUCAUCACUGGUAUACUUAUUUAUUAUUUUUUGGGCGCGUCUUUCCUCUGGAUGAACGUCAUGAGUAUUGAUAUCUGUAGAACAUUCCUUUCAAGCACCUAUAAAAUGAAAUCCCGAGCAACAUUUAUUCAGUACUCCCUGUACGCGUGGACCGUGCCGCUGGUAGGCUCUCUAGUGGCUGUCUCAGUUGAUCAGUUGUCGUCAGUCGAGUACGUUCUGACGCCACAGUUUGGAACACACGUGUGCUGGUUCAACAACAAGUGGGGAUUGGUGGCAUUUUUUACCCUUCCCUCUGGACUCGUGAUCCUGGUCAAUAUUAUGCUCUACGGGAUGUCAGUAUUUAACAUAUACAAACAAAUGAAAUCGGGAGAGUUUGCCUCGUCUACUGUACAGAAGCACAGAUCCUCCGGAGAAUACAAAGGUGGGAAGAGAAAAGAAAAGAUUCUGAACCCUUCUGACAGUUCACUAAACAAAAACUUGUCAAAUAAUAAGAGUAGUGAAGAAUCCGAAUCGCCGAGAUGCUCAGAACGUAUUAAAGAGAGGAUUCAAAGAAGAAUCCAAGGUCACAAAAAGCAACGGAUCCGACUGGUGUUGUACUGCAAGCUGGCCCUUAUGAUGGGUUUGACCUGGGUGUUUGCCUUUAUAUCUAUCCAUACUCAGAGUUUUAUCUUUGAGUAUCUCUUCAUUGUCUUCAACGGACUUCAGGGAGCAUUUAUAUUUAUUGCUUUUGACUGCAAGAAAAGAGUUUGGGAUGAACUUCUCCAGAAAAUAGCUGGUAGGAGGAUUCUGAAGACGGAGAGUUCCAGUGGCUCACACGAGACAAAGUCUACGACGAUUAGUACAUCUUCAGGCAAAGGCUACAAGUAUCGGCGGUCCUCGAGGCAAUUACAAGAGAGAGGUCUCAGGUACUCGGCGGUAUCUCAGAACCUCAGAGAUUCUCAGAUCUCACAGAACAGAGACGAUAGUGGUGUGUGAUGAGUAUUUUCUCCUUCUUAGGAUUUUAGGUUAGUUGAAAUAAAACAAGUACAGUAUGUGGCCGUGUACCAGAGCACUCAAGCUGCGGACUUAACAUUCCGGAAUAAGUGAACUGGGGCUAGAAAGGAUUGAUUUAUUCCCGAUUUAUUUGGAUACUUUUGAAUUAUCUUGACGGCGAGAAGAACUUGUUAAAGCUAUUGAAUGUCAAGUCAAAUUUCAACUUUUGUUAUUACUCGACAAGGAUCUUUUAGUGACUCAGCCGAUGAUUCAGCCACACAUCCUUCACUCUGCAUUAGCCUCACCAGAUCAAACAUUUUAUGUCAGACAAAACUUAAAAAAAAACACACUAUUUGAUAAGAGACGUGAUAUUGCAUAAUCUAACAAAUUUUAACAACACCAUUACAGCAUUGAAAUUUUCGGCACCUUGAUACGAAAUUUACCCCAAACAGUUUCAAUGAAGCUUAGACCUACUGUAUAUUCAGAACCAGACUCUACUUUAACGAUGUCACAUAGGUUGGCAACCCAGGUGGAUUGUUGGUGCCCCCCUUCAAGAAAAUAAAAUAUCAAAGCCUCAGCCAUAAUGAACAAACCCGAAAAUUUCCGCCGCUGCAUAUUCACAUAAUAAUCUCAUCGCUUUACCUGUUUAAUCGAUACUUCUAGUCAGUGUUGUGAAGAGUUGCUCUACAGAGUACCUUUACCACACAGCCUCCAUCGGCCUAGGACAUAUGGUAAGGACCUUGAGUUUUCUGUUGAAAUUCCCCCUGAUUAAUAAUGUGUGGAACUCCCUGCCACAUAGUAUUAUUCCUGUGCCGCAUAACAUCAAAUAGUUCUAACAUCUUGCUCCAAAUAUCUUCAGUCUUUGACAAGGGGACGGUUGGGUGAACAGAUUUGUCAGCAACACUUCUAUGAUUUCUCCUUAAACUUUUAGUUUUGUUUGUAAAAAAUGUCGGUGUUCUGAACGACUGUGUUAGCAGGAACUUCACUACGCCAGGAAGAUUGAUGAUGAGGAUGAAGGAGUAAAUCCGAAACAGAGAGGAAGUGUUACCUUGGUGAAUGAAAUUUGUACUCCUGUAUGGGACAGAUGUGCGUAUAGAGUCACUAUAGACGAAGUGAAAAUUAGAUAACACAGUCAACAGAAUCUCAUAAGGAGUGUAAAAGAACAUGUAUCGUUGUGCCGAGGACGAACUUGACUCAACAUGUGUAUCACAAUACCUCAAUACCCACAAAACUGAAGAGUUCUUGGCAACGUCCUUCAUCACUCUGGCAGGUUUGAAUAUAAUUAUAUUUAUUUAGUGCAAGGUUACAUUGGCCAAGUGGAUUUAGCGCUCACCUGCCUUACGGGUCGUGGUUCGAGACCGGGGCACCUGUGUUAAUCCUUAUGUAAAUGGUACAUUUUACAGUUAGGGCAGUGAAGAUGGUUAAUUGCAGUGCCGGCCACACUGCCUCCCUGUGUACCAAAAAAGUAUUCAGUGUACAUAGUACUGUAUAUCCACACUGGGCCGUCAGGAAUAAGGGAUCCUUAUUUCAUCGUGAUAUACGAUUAUCUUUAUCGUCUACAGUAUAUACUAUAAUCGUACAGCUUCACCUGUUACCGUCAGAUGUUAUUAUUUAUUUCUUACAGUUUACCUUGCCUCCUGUAGUGUUUGUCAUAUUGUUCCGAUAAAAUAAGAUAUUUGCAUCAGUUAUUAACUGUCAUAUGCUGUACUAUGUUGUGCUGUCAUAUGUUGUAUUGUCAUAUGCUAUACUAUGUUGUGAGGGCAUAAUCAAGUGCCUUCUUGUUGUAGAGUAUCACCUACUGCGCUUAUUAAAUUAUUGAUUCAUUAUUUGUUCCUCAAAACGUCUUCAUACAAGCAACAUUUUAUUUUACCACAAGAUGUUUCAUUAUAUUGUCAUUUAAUAUCUAAAUUUGUUAUAAAUUUUCUAUACAUUAAGUGCUAGUUACUGUAUUGUCAAACACCCAUAAUUUCUGGAGACUAUCUCCUCUAGGGUGUCUCGGAAAAAUGUAUAUGUACUACUCACUGCAUUACAGAUUUUCGUGGAGAUCGCGUGAAUAUAUAUAUAUAUAUAUAUAUAUAUAUAUAUAUAUAUAUAUAUAUAUAUAUAUAUAUAUAUAUAUAUAUAUAUAUAUAUAUAUAUAUA